AUGGACAUGCAUGAGGUCCACGUUGCCGCCACCGCUGCGGAUACGACGGCAACUGCGCAGCAACCCUCUGCAGAAUUGACUGCCACCGCUCCCUUCGCAGAAGAUCCGACUGUACACCCGAAUCCGCAGUCACCGCCAUCCUCGACAGUGUCUGGCACCUUCAGUAAAACUACUAGUGUAGCGGAGGCAAAGCGGGUUACUGCCACGCUGUCAACCGCAGCAGACUCGCUUGAGCCAGUGCUCGUAGGCAAGGUCGUGUCCGCAGAGCUCAGCGAAGCGCGCUCGACACGCCAGGCCUCUGACUUGAACGCCGUACAGAACGACACAGGCGCACCACGCCGAGUCCACAGCGGCGAGCAGAAGGAGUGCUUCCCACCCGCGACAUCGGCAUCGUUUUCCUCCUCUUCGAGCAGCAACAACGAUUCCAGCAAUGGGGAUGCCAACUUUGACCACAUAGAGCUCAUCUUCGACUUUGGCCGCUACGUCGGUCAGGUGGAUCCACUUACGGGCCUUCGUGAUGGUCACGGGUGCCAACACUACAAUAGCGGCAACGUCUACACCGGUGAGUGGCGUAACGGUGCCGCUGACGGCUUCGGUGAAAAGUGCUACAAGAACGGCGAUGUGUACCGCGGCAACUGGCGCCAGGGGAAGCGCUCCGGCCGCGGGGCCUAUCUCUUUGCACAGGGAGACUUCUACGACGGCAUGUACCUGGAGGAUAACCCGGAGGGCUAUGGCAUCUACACCACCCUCAAAGGUGACCGCUACGCAGGGCGGUGGAAGGCGGGGCACAAGCACGGCAAGGGCCGAGAGACGCUCGUAAAUGGGCAGGUGUUCGUCGGCAACUGGCGUAACGGCAAGAAGCAGGGUCGUGGAAAGUUGUACCUCCCUGGCACUGAGCGGUACAUCUACGGAAUUUGGAACAACGACAAGUUUUUCCGCGAGCUCACAGCCACCGAAAUGGGCGUGGAGGGCGAGGAAGACAUCGUCGACGAGUUCGGUGUCCCGCGCGACUCGUUCGCGCCACCGGUGGCGCCGCCAUGGAAGAAGCCGCCGCCCUCAGGUGGCGGCAUAACGGAUCACAUCCUCAUGGGGGUGACGGCGCUAGAGGACCGCAUGGAGUCGCUCGGCAGGGCGUUGGAGAGGGUGAUAAAUGAUGAUGACGGGGACAAGAACAUGCAGGCACCACCCACCGUGGCCGCUGGGACUGCCGAUUCAACGGCAGGUAGUGUAGCCUCCUCAGAGGAGUGCACUGGACUGCCGCUGGAUGGCUUCAUCGUUAACAACCCCCACAAGGGGGACGAGGAAUAG